UCAUCUGACGUCAUCACAGAGCUCGAGGAAGAUUGCAGUGCUCCUAACCACUGGUUCCAGAUCAGCUAACAGAACACAUUUUAACUGUGCUGGCGGUAGCUACUCUGCAACAAGGUAAAGGCGACUCAGGGCAGUUUUGGUACGCGGUUGCGCGCACGUCCGAAUGUGUGGAGGGAGUGUGCGUGGUCCAUUGACAGUCAUAUGGAAGCAACCCUGUAAACAAGCACGAUGUAUGAAGCUGCUGCUGUAGUUGAGAACAACGGAGUCGAUGGACUAAAUGGGUCCUGGGUGGAGUUGGAGAUGAACAGAGCUGCGGCCGCAGCUGCGGCGGGGUUGUCCCAGUCUCCAUCCACCGUGGGCCAGGCUCCGGGUCUGCUCCCCCUGCCUCAGGUGGAGGUGGAGGCAAUGGUGGGGGGCCUAGAGCAUGUGCCCUCCUCAUCCUCCAUCCAUAACGGAGACAUGGAAAGGAUUCUACUGGACGCACAGCAUGAGUCAAGCCGCAGCAACUCUUCCUGUGACAGUCCUCCCCGGCCUCAUAGUCCCCAGGAGGAUGAUCAUGAUGGACAGAUCAUCUUUGAUGUGGACGUGAGCAGCAGAAGAGACUGCCAAUCAGAGGAGGAUACCCUGGAGAAGGAGAGGGACAUGGAUAUCCUCAUGAAGGACUCAGACUGGGUAGCAGACUGGUCAAGUCGGCCCGAGAACAUUCCUCCUAAGGAGUUUCAUUUCCGCCACCCCCGGCGUUCAGAUACACUCAGCAUGAGAAAGACCGGGGCGAUGAAGAACGGAGGUGUCUUCUCUGCAGAGUUCCUCAAAGUGUUCAUCCCCUCGCUGCUACUGUCACACAUCCUGGUCCUGGGGCUGGGGGUGUACAUUGGGAAGAGGUUGACCACGCCCCCUACGAGCUCUUUCUGAGCGGGAAGCUGAACGAGUGCCUGCGGAGAAAUUACGCUGUUGUACGAAGAAUGCCCCUCUCCCCCCCCUCUCUUCCUCACUCAUUUGUAUUAGCUUUACAAGGAAAAAGUGAGGUCAUGUUCCCUUUUCCCCCUGUUUGGGUGUAAUUGUUUAUAAUGGGUGUUUUUUUUGGGAGGGGGCAAAGCAUAAAACCAAACCAAACUCUUCUACACGCUAGCUCCAGCACUCUGUAAUGCCUGGUACAAGAGAGCUGUCUGCCCCACAGAUUUACAAGAUAGAAGUAGCCCAAGAUUGUGCCACAUACAACAGUGGUUGGAUGAAUCUCUCAAGCCCAUCACUUGACCCUGAAAGGGUCUAACUAAAUUCAGAAAGAAAGAAGCUAACCUGAAAAUGUGAGCAUGCCUUUGAAGGUAAUCAUUUUGUUUAGAACUAUAAAUACAAUUUACUAUAGAUGUUUAUUUAUUUCUACCACCAUAAUUAAGGCUGAGUUUUGAUUAUGAAGGAUGUUACCAUUGUGGCCAUCUCAAACCCACAACCACCAGACACUGUGCAUUGGAGAGAGUCUGCUUGGCCUGUCUUGUUUGUCUAUCUUGAGUUCUUUACGACAUAUCAUGAGCCUAGUUAUUUAGGCCUGGUUCACUGGGUAGACCUCUGAUAUGCCUGCGACAGGUCAUCUUACCACUUUACACACUUGUAUAGCAGACAUGUAAGAACAAGCUUAUGUAGUUUGUUAGUCCAGCUGGAGAUGAACCCUGAUGUUUCACCACACUGAUAGAUGGAGUUGGAAUGGAGUCCAGAGGCAGACUAGUUUUAGAGGCACAACCACAUGGACAUUCAAACAUGCUCUGAAUGUUACUGCGACCUACAGUAUGCCACAGUGUUCAAAGAGGGACUGCAUAAUUUCAAAGUUGAGAUUUAAGAUUAACUUAAGAUGGGGCUGUUUGUACUAACACUCCACCAUUUGAUAUUGCUGACAUCAACCUCUUUAUUUCCCUCUACACAACUGCCAAAAGGAACUGAGGUCCACCUUGAACCUCAACUCUUCUCAGUAACCACGUGCCUCACCUCUGUUCCCAAGACUCCAUUGUGGUUAUAUUGCCUGUCUGUGAUCAGACACCGAGGCUACUCUAUGGCUUGUUUUUGGUUUGUUUCAGUGAAUUAUAUUGUCUGUAUUGUUGUGACAUUGGAGUCUGAACGCACAGAGCAGGAGGUAAAGCUAUGAUAAGACUGAACUCAUCAGGGAUUUAAUGAAGAUUAUAUUAGAAAUAUACUUUGCAGGGCCCAAAGUGAAAAGGAAAGUUUAGAAAUGAUUCCCCUCAGACUGCUAUGGUAACAAUAGUUAUUGUAAUCAUACACAUCCUUUUGAUUUCAUUUUAUGUUUUUUCCCCUCAUUGGAAAAAUAUUUUGUCAUUAAAUUUACUGAAUCAA